GUAGUGUAGACUGUAGGCGAACACACCAGCUGCUCCUGUUUAUACCGAGCGCAUCGUCAGCACCAAUACUAUAUAUACCCCAGACUAGAGUGUACAGUAGUAGACAGUCUUCUCGAAAAAGAGAGAGAAAGAGAAUGCGACGUCGCGCUGCUGCGAGACAGCUCGUCACUCGUCAGCAGUCGCCACGACCAUAAUAAUAACAACGCCAAGAGAGUGCAUUUACAAACGCAGCGUCGUCGCGCAGAACGAGGACACGGAAGUGCGAGUAGUAUAGUUGUUGGCGUCGUCCCUUUAAUACUCUUAAACUCCGCCAUGGAAAACAACGAGGAAGACGCCAAGGCUUAGAGAAGAUAGAUAUACGCAUCGAUACACGCUGCGCUUUUCCGAGUCGUCUAGAGACGGAGAGCGAACUGGAGUUGUUGAUUUUGAGAGAGAACCUGCGCAAAGGUCGACACUGGAGCUGAUGCACUGGAACAAGGAUGACUAAUGUGCUUCCGUCGAUAGACUUGGCAUGCAUUGUUUCUUCGCCAGAGACGCACUGAUUUGAGGUUAGAAGUCCGUCAUCAUGAACGCACGCACGCAGCUGUUUGAGCUGAGCAUGGAGGGUCGCCAAGUCGAUGAGGCAGUGGCGAGCAUCUUCCACAGCGUGCUCUUCCACCGAAGUCUUGGCAAGUUCAAAUACAAGCAGGAGGGCAGCUAUUCAGUCGGAACGGUUGGCUACCAGGACGUCGACUGCGACUUCAUCGAUUUCACCUAUGUCUGCUGCUCGUCGGCCCACCUCGACCAGACACUGAAGCGCGAGAUCUCGGGCUUCUCAGAGGCGCUGCGCUCGAACGGCAGCCCCGGUUCCGGACAGAUAUCCCUCGAGUUCUUCCAAAAGAAGAAGAAUCGCUGGCCCUUCGCCACCGAAUGCAUACCCUGGGAGGUUUGGACCGUCAGGCUCGAGCUCAUCAAACUCGCCACGGAACACGAGAGACAGAUCUGCCGCGAGAAGGUCGGUGACCUUCUCACCGACAAGAUUCUCUACAUCACGGAGGUAAUGAACCGACACGACUACCUGCCUAAGAUGCCGAAUCAAGCCGAGCUUGAUUUGAUCUUCGAUACGUCGUAUCCCGAUAUUCAGCCGUAUCUAUUCAAGCUGAACUUUACAACCUCUGGGCCAUCUGUCACCACCAUGGGCAACACUAUGAAGAAGCUCAUUAAAGAGACUCUGUCCAUAUAGUCGCGAUGCACGUCCGCAAGGCUCUUGGUUAUGUAGUUUUUUUGGAGCGGCUCUUUAUUUUUUACAAGGUAAAAUUGUCUCAAACAAUUUUUUUUUUAAUUUUAUUGACUCAAAUUGUACUGGCUAUGAUUAGAAGUGAAACACUACGAGCAUUUUGUUAGAUUUUUAUUUCUACUUAAUGUUUAAAAUUUAUCUUAUAAUUUUGCAAAAGUCAUUUUUGCUAAGUAAUUGCAAUAACCGAGAUAUCAAUAAUACAGGUACUCGGUGAUGUUCAAAGAGCCUAUUAAGGCGAUGUGGAAAUGUCACUUUACCGACCGAGUUGCAUAGAAAAGUAGAUCCACUUGACAUUCAAAUGCGCGUUAUAUCACAGUUUUAAAAAAAUCUGCUGAUCCUGUGUAAUAUUUACAACAUUCUAAUGGCAAGAUUGAAAACUAGGCUUUCGCUGUGUAGUAAUUAGACACGUCUGUACAAAAAAUUUAAAGAUUUUAAAAUAGCUCGGUCAAAUAUUUGCACAUCCUCUUAAGAACAAAAAGUAGCGUUUCGAUUUCAACUAGCAUAAUCAGAGCUCGCAAUCAAAUUGCUCGUGUAAAUGGUCUAAAGCCCGACGUCGGCGAUUCCAGCAAGUUCGAAUGGAGAUUAAGUCAUUAAACGGCAGUUUCUUACGUAGCAGCUAUAAUGUUCUUCGCCGAUGCAUAUUCGUUGAAUGUAUAGUACAAAUGGUAAAAUUAAGUUCUCCUAUACCUAGGAAACGAUGAAGAGGUAAGAGAAGAUGAAGAAUUGCAUGGCAGGAUCAAUAUAUAAAUGCAAGAUGCAAAGAAAGAAAAACGAAGGCGUGUUCGCGUGUGAUUCGCUCUAAGAAAACGUCCGCGAGUGCAGCGGUAAUCGGUUCUCAUAGUGACAGUUUGCAAACGGGUAUAUAUACGAAAAAGACUAUAUGAACAAGAGUUUAUAUAUAUAUAUAUAUAUAUAUAUAUAUAUAUAUAUAUAUAUAUACACAUACACAUACACACACACAUAUAAGUACCAUAGUGUAAUUAUUAUUUAUUUGGCGGAUAUGCAACUCUCGUCGAUCAAGAUAUACCGAGACUUUUACAUAUACACUAUUACAUAUAAUUUCUAAACAAGAGAUAAGCGAUUUUUGUGCAUCGUGACGCAUCAAUGAUACACAAAGUAUAUGAGUAGUCUUUUCUUGUUAGUUAACAUCGUUUUUUUUUGUAAGUAGGCUUGUGCCUUGUGGCAAUUUUAGAAACCUUCCCUCGCACUUUACAUUGAGCUAGGGUUUAAUUUAACUAAUGAAACCUAAAUCAGACCUUAGGAAGAUUUCGAGUUGAUAUUAUGUACUUAGAGUAGGUAAAAGCUAAGUUUACAAAUAAUUUAAUGUUCUUAAAAUGCUAGCUUACUUAUGAUAAUGUAAAAAAUUCUAUUUUAUUUCUGCAUGAAGUUAGAACGAUUAUAUUUUGUACGUAGUAGGUAGAGAGUUGAAAAUUUGUUGAAAGUUGAAAUGAAUUUAUCUUGAUACUUACAGUUUAGAUGCAAAAUUCGAACGUUCAUAAUUCUUUGGUACACGUAAGUCAUAAAUAAUGCCAAUGCGCACCUCACAUGAGUCAUGCACCAAUUUACGAUGUUUAUACGAUUUUCCAGUAAACUAUUACUUUUCAACGAGUUCAAUUAAACGUAAAGAGAGAUUUCAUUAGUUAAAUUAAACAGUUUGUCGACUAUGUAAUGAAUUCUUAGUAACGAUGCGAUAGGGAUAUAUAUAUAUA